AUGGAAAAUUGGGAGAGCUCGGAAGGAGAGCUCGAACUGGCCAACGGUGUUCUGCGUGAUCCAGCCGGAACCGUUGUGACUAAAGUGGAGCUGAAGACUGAGCUCGCAGUGGUCAAGUCGAUCUUCGUCCGAUGUUCAUCUUUGGUCAUGAAUCGCGCGCCAUGGUUGAAAAACCGAUCGACCGGGCUUACUUGUCUCGACAUAGUGCGGAGUAGGGAUAUCCGAGAAAGCCUCGGUGUAACGGUCACUGCUUCUUCAUAUUGA